AUGGGUGGUAGUGGCGAAAAGAUAAUAAAUGGGUCGGAUAGCAGCAGUGGUAGAGUUUUGAUGUUACCUACCGACGCUGACAGUGGCCGUUAUCAUGGUGGUGGCAGAAGCAACAAUGGUGGUAAGGGUUGGGGCAGUGGCCGUUUUGGUGGUGGUGAUGCCAGUGGAAGCAGUAGUUCAGGUGGUAGUCCCAACGUCAAAGGCAGUGGUGGUGAUGGUGGAGGUGAUUGUAGUGGCAAUGAAGGUGUGGUGGUGGAGGGGUUGUUACCUAGUGUUCGUGAUGAUGGUGGUGGUGGCAGCGACGUGGUGGUUGUGGCGGGUGCGAUUGUGAUGGUGGAGGUGGUGGUGGUGGUUACAGUGGAGUCAACCUCCAACGGUUAUUUCUCAACUUAUCUCCAAUUCUCCAUCACCAUGUCACAGGAAUAA